AGCAAUCACCAUGGGCUGUGGUUUUCUCCUCUUCAUCCUCUGUUGGAUCGCGGUCGGUAUAUCCAACGAGAUCAGCUACCGCCGACAACGAGCCGCCUUGGCCGCCGUGGCAGACCCGGAACAGCCCGGACCGCGGGCGGGAUCGGAGCGGCUUGCGAGGAGGCUACGCAAUGUCGUCGAGGUUGUGCAAGACAGGCCCAGCGACGCGGGGUCGGGUGGGAGCGACGAGCCCAAGUGCGCCAUCUGUCUCAGCAACCUGUAUGUGGAGAGCAGCUCGGCCUCCCCAGACCUGUCGGCCCCUCCGCCGCCAGCCAUCGGCUCGACAACGACGGCGCCCGCUCAGCCAUUCGGCACGGACGGGGCCGGAGGAGCCGCCGCCGCACCCCCAAGGCCGACAUGGGCGCGUCUGGCGUGCAGAAGAGUCAGGAGCAUGGCGCAAGCGUGCAUCCAGGCCGCGAGGACGCGCGUGUGCGGGCUGCCGCCGCCACCGCCGCCGCCUCCCCCUGUGCCCCUGCUGCCGCUGCCGUCGCCGCCUUUGCCACCCCUUCCCAGCGCGCGCGAGCCGAUGAGGCUGCUAACGUGCAGGCACGUGUUCCACUGGGCGUGCCUGCGGGGCUGGUGCGAGGGCCUGCUUGGCCGCCAGCAGCAAGAGCAAAACCAGCAGAAUCAGGGGCAGUCAAGCCAGGACCGGCGCAAGAGGUGUCCCAUGUGCCGCACCGUCUACCUCGAGGAGGUGGAGACGCCGCAGGAACAGCCGGGCGGGCAGGCGCCGGUGCUGCCCGAGUUGCCGAUGCUGUCGGCGCUGCUGCUGACGCUGGGUACGGACGCGAACGCGGGCGCGGACACGGGCGAGGCGUCGGCGGCGUCGGCGUCGCUGCCGGAACUGGUUGCGCCCCAGCCAAGUCCGGAGGAGCAGCAGGCGUCUGGCAGUGGCGGCGAUGCUUCCCAAAGUGGCACCGAGGCGCAGGAUACUCCUGAGGGCACGCCUGUCGAGGUUGGUAUUGGUGGUACUGCUCCCUCGCAGAAUGCCGUCGAGGCACAGAGUCUUUCGGGAGCGCCUACUGGCGGGGUUACUGUUGGUGACCCAUCUUCCCACAACGCCGCGCAGUCACAGGGCCCUUGGGGCGCGUCUAUCGGUGAUGGCAGGGGUCGUGCUGCUUCCUUGGACAACGUCACACAGGCACAGCAGCGCGGCACAGAUCAGACCGAACUGAAGAAACAGCGCGCGCGGAGCAGCUGACGGGCACGAGACUCGGACGAGGGACGAAUUAGACGGACACGUCUUCUUCACGGGGUCCAUGUCGUCGAUUUAGUGGGAAGCCAUGCACAGGUUUCGGGCCUUUCUUUGGUUUCAUUGGAGCUGUGGGGGUCCUUGCCAAGCCCUCAGCGCCGGCCGAUCAGCCCCACUGGCUCCACUGGCCCCUGCAGGGGAAGUCGAAUUGAUCAAUCA